AUGGAGAAGGAGCAGAGUUCCAUGACUGAGAGGCUCAUAAAUCUCACCCUGGAGAUCAUCUACCUACUGACUGGAGAGGUACUUAUGUCAAUAUAUGAGACCUAUUGUCUGAUUACAUUAGAAUUACGGACCAAUAAAAAAGUCCAAUGAUCCUCCGCCUUCCUCCUUGAAACCUAAGAAGAACCACAAGAAGAUCCUAGAAGUCACCCAGAAGAUCAUUGAGCUGCUGACGGGAGAGGUUCCUAUAAGGUGUCAGGAUGUCACUGUCUAUUUCUCCAUGGAGGAGUGGGAGUAUAUAGAAGGACACAAGGAUCUCUACAAGGAUGUCAUGAUGGAGAACCGGCCGCCCCUCACAUCACCGGAUGGAUCCAGUAAUAAGAACCCACCAGAGAGAUGUCCCCGUCCUCUGUAUUCCCCGGACUCCACACAGGAACAUCAGGAGAUCCCUCAGGAGGAUCAGGUAGAUGGAUCCAGUAAUGGGAACCCACCAGAGAGA